AUGGUGUUUUCGGAAGUCCAACCUUAUAUAGCUAUAAUUAAUGGGAUAACCAUGGGAGGUGGCGUUGGACUGUCUGUACAUGGCAAAUACAGAGUCGCCACAGAGAAAACACUCUUUGCUAUGCCCGAAACGGCAAUAGGAUUAUUUCCUGAUGUCGGCGGAAGUUAUUUUUUGUCUAGAUUGAAAGGAAAAUUGGGUAUCUACCUAGGACUGACAGGACAUAGAUUGAAAGGUAUCGACGUACUUCUCGCUGGGAUCGCAACGCAUUUUGUCCCGUCAGAGAAACUCGCGGAUUUAAAACACGACUUGUUAGCGUUGCAAAACACUACUAUCGAUACAGUUGCGGAGAUCUUAAAUAAAUAUCAACCAAAAUUAAAUCAUGAAUUCAGUUUGGCGCCUCAUAUGUCGCAGAUAGAAAAUUAUUUCUCUGCUCCGUCCGUCGAAGAGAUAAUUGAGAGGCUAAAAAAAGAUAAUUCAGAAUGGGCGCAGAAGAAUGUAGAAACACUACUUAAGAUGUCUCCAUCUUCUCUUAAAGUUAGCAAGAAAGCAAUUGAUGAAGGAAAUGGAAAAUCUUUGGCCGAGUGUUUAGAGAUCGAAUAUAGAUUGGCGUAUACUGCCCUGAACAAAAACAGCGAUUUCUACGAAGGUGUCAGAGCUCUCCUAAUCGACAAAGAUCAAAAACCGGUAUGGAAGCCGCCGUCCUUGGCCGAUGUUACUGAUGAAUAUAUAAAUAAGCGAUUUGCAACACUUCCUGCAGAAAGAGAAUUAAAAUUGCGCGUUAGCAAACUGUGAAAAAAGAGUUUACUGUGAAUAUUGUUAUAAAAAGAAUAAGCAGAGAAUUUUUUAUAUUUUAAUUUUGUACAGAUUGUGAGAUUUAUAUUAAAGUUAUUGAUGUUAUCUUCACUCUCUCUUCAGGUACUCAAUUUUCCAUAUUUUUCAUGAUAUGGAAUAUAUUGUAUAAAUCAAUUUAUCAGAGAUUAUUUUUUAAACAAAUGGCAUAAUAUACAACUAUGUAAAAUAUAAAAUAAUAUAUUUUAUUUAUGUAAAAUAAUGAAAGAAACAUUAUAAGUACUUACAACUAAGUACUAUCACGCAUAAAAAAAUAUAUAUUCUCAUAUUUUUAAUUUUAAUUUAAUUAAACUUUUAUAAA